AUGACCAUGACCAUCACCAUCACCGUUUCCUAUCAUCUCGAUGGAGAAGAGCGUGAUGACUUCCCUGCCCUCCCAGAUUUCCAGUUCCAGCACCAGCACCAGCUGCAGCUACAGCUGCAGCUGCACCAGCCGUCGCCUCUGAAACCGCCCGAGUCUGCCGCCAAUUUGGUGCUAUCAAAGACCAAGGUGCCAGAGAGCCCGAUUCUGGCCCACUGCGGGAUCCCGGGGCACUCCUCCAGUCAACCGGAUUUCCCUUCGGCCCACCUCCUGCGGGCUCCCCGCGGAGACGUGAUGACGCCGGUGCAUGGCGAGCAGGACGUGCAAUUUAAUGCUAACAAAAGCAAAAUCAAUGACCAAAGCAGCCCAAACAACCAAAUUCCUCCCUUCCCCAUCCCCUCCCCCCCCACCCCCACGGCUGCUACCGCUAACGUCUGUCACCAUCCUUGGUCCCCAUUGGCCAUUGAGCUCUAUAAUUUCUCGCACACCUCAUCCUGGGCGGCUCUCGCGAAGGGCCAGAGGCUCGGCCCAUUUCUCGACCUGAUACUCGGCAUCGCCCCUCGUCUCUUGGCCCCAAAGCUAUCUGACCGCAGCACCAACCUGCUCGCCAACGGCCGUGCGGAUCGAUCAUCACCCCAGGCACCAAUUGGCGUGUGCAGGACGUCCUAUCACCCUAUCGCCCCAUCACCCCCAUCGCCCUAUCGCCCUGUCCCGCCCAGCCGCCCCCUGCGUGGCCGUCCUGCCUUGGAUUUUGCCCUGAUGUACCUCAACGGCCCGGCAUCGUGUGCAAUGCAUGGCCCCCGUAGCAAACAGACAGGGCUCCUCGGCAAGCAAUGA